AUGGCAAAUAUACCAUUUGUCAACCAGUCAAGAUUGUCCUCACAGGGGCCAACUCACGAUGAAAUCGACUUCGAAUUCUUGGGAAAUGUUAGUGGUGACCCUUAUAUUGUACACACCAACGUGUUCACUCACGGCAAGGGAAACAGGGAGCAGCAAUUCCAUCUCUGGUUCGACCCCACAAGAAAUUUUCACUUACUCUAUCAUCUGGAAACCCAACAUAUAAUCUUCUUGGUUGAUAACAUUCCUAUAAGAGUAUUCAAGAAUGCAGAGUCGAUUGGCGUUCCAUUCCCAAAGAGCCAACCCAUGAAGAUUUACUCUAGUCUUUGCAACGCUGACGACUGGGCCACAAGAGGUGUAUUGGUGAAAGCUGAUUGGUCCAAGUCACCCUUCACAGCAUACUACCGGAACUUCAAGGUUACAUCCUUCAAGCCCACCACUUCUCUAUCUGAUGCAGGGUUGCUAGCCAACAAGCUUGAUGCCCAUGGCCGAAGACGUCUGAGAUGGGUUCAGAAAUACUUCAUGAUCUACAACUAUUGCACUGAUUUAAAACGCUUCCCUCAGGGUCUUCCUCCAGAGUGCAGACGCGGGAGAUUUCUCUGAAAGUUUGAAUCUAUCUUUCUAGUAGAUUUAAGAAUCAAAUAAAUUUUAUUUUAUUUUGUUUUGUGAGUUGUUUGUUAGCCAUCCAGUAAAUUGAAGACGUAUGAAAAUUUCUUUGAACAUUUAUAUGUGAAGAAACUUUGUUAA